AAACACAGCUAACAUAAAAGUAGUGUUGCUUCUUUCAUUGGCAUGUAGCCCAAAUGUGGUAAUUCUCAAGGGGUUCGUGAUAUGUUAAAGGGAUGGUGAAGGAGUUGCGGACGUGGCUUGAAAGAAUGCUAUGGUGGCAGCUUGUUGUAGAGAAUGUGACAUGGAUCAAGCUUUGAGGCUGUUGCUGAGAGAGAAUGAGUUGAAUGAUGCAGUUUCUUGGAAUUUAUUGAUUUUGGAUUACACUCAAAUGGGAUUCAUUAGCAGGGAAGAACACUAUUAUUUGGAUAGAUUUGUUUACCGGGUUAGAACUAGGUAGAUUUUUCCUGCUGUCAUCUUAAACAUGAAAGUGGGAACAAAGAAUGGGUGGCACUCUGUUAUGCCUCUUCGGUUUAGGGACCAAUCAGCCACCAGCUUUUGUAUUUUCCCAAAAGUCAAGUCUGCAGGCUACUCCCCAGGCAACUCUCCUGUCUACCUCAAUGUGUAUGACUUGACAACCAUGAAUGGCUACGUCUACUGGGCAGGCGUUGGAAUCUUUCACUCUGGGGUUGAAGUCCACGGCGUAGAAUAUGCCUUCGGAGCCCAUGACUAUCCAUCAAGCGGUGUCUUUGAGGUUGAACCUCGACAGUGUCCUGGUUUCAAGUUUAGGAAGUCAAUAUUCAUGGGGACAACAUCCUUAGAUCCAUUUCAGAUUAGAGAGUUCAUGGAACGUCAGUCUGCAAAGUACAAUGGCGAUGCGUAUCAUUUGAUAGUUAAGAACUGCAAUCAUUUCUCUGAGGAUAUAUGUUACAAGCUGACUGGGAACUCAAUACCAAAAUGGGUAAAUCGACUCGCAAGAAUAGGUUCAUUUUGCAAUUGCAUACUCCCAGAGGCCCUUAAGGCAACCACAGUACGACAUGACUCGAACUUACAAGAGUGUGAUAAUGAAAAAAAGAGACUAAGAAGUGGCUUCAGCUGCUGGUCAUCAAUCUCAAUGCCUCAGAGGGAAGUAUCCUUGUCUUCAUUGUUUCUACACUCUCAUUAUAAAGGCUGCCUACCUCCAUGGGAGUUGAAGAGGUCUAGAAAAGGUUCACCGAAGGAAGGUUAAGAAGAAGAAGAUUGCCAGUUGCAACUAAGCAUUUUUCCUGAAUUGGGAGAUAUCAACAAUUUCCCAUCAUCCGUGAUCCCACUGGAAGUAAAAAUCUGUAGUAUUUUGUCUUUCUUUUUGAAUGAAAAAACAUGAGGCUUCACGCUUCUCAUUGAGAUUCUGCUAAGCUGCAUCAUUGGCACUUGCUUGCUUUCUCUGUGAGAUUGUAUUCUAAUGCUGUGCAUUCAUAUUUAAAUAGCUGGAGAUGAACCAAUGAAGAUUGUUAAAAUAUUAUGUUGCUCUA